AUGGCCUUCAGCCUCGAGUCGCAGCCGUCUGGGCACUCGCCCUUAGGCUUCCUAACCGCCAACCCGUUAGUCAAUGCAGUUUCCGAUGCAUACAAAUCUUUCUCCGAGCGACGAGCCAAGCUUGGCCUAUCCAACCCUGGUUCUGUCGAGACUAUCGCAAAGGAGGUUCAGCGCGAGGUUUCUCUCACCAACUACAUGCAUACAGGUUUAAGAGCAGACCUUACAAAGGCCGUCAGUUUCUCGCCGCUUUUCCAAGUCUCGCAUCAGUUUGCCAUGGGCGAGCAUCAGAAUCCUUAUGCCUUUGCGGGACUCUUUGGCACGAACAAGGUGUUCCUUCAAGGGAACAUGGAUAACAAUGGUAUACUAUCUACGCGAUUCAACUACCGCUGGAAUUCUUCGCUUGUCACCAAGACGCAAUUUUCCAUAGGCGCACAGGAUAUGGCCUCAAUUGAGCAUGAAUAUACUGGCAGCGAUUUCACCUCCUCCAUUAAGAUGCUGAAUCCCUCUUAUCUCGAGGGUGGGUUAACCGGUAUUUAUAUCCUGAACCAUCUUCAGUCGAUUACCCGCAAGCUUGCCUUGGGUGUCGAAGUCGUAUGGCAACGCGCUGCCUUAAAUCAACCCCCCGAGUCUCCCAUGUCGUAUUACGCAAAGUAUAAGUCCGACGAUUGGAUUGCGACAGCUCAGUUCCAUGCGCAAGGCGGACUCAACACGACCUACUGGCGAAGGUUGUCGGACAAGGUUCAAGCCGGUGUCGACAUGACUCUCCAGAUAGUCCCCGGCCCUGGAGGUCUGAUGGGCGGUGGCCUGCAGAAGGAGGGACUCACGUCUGUUGGUGUCAAAUAUGACUUCCGAAUGUCAACGUUCCGAGCGCAGGUCGAUUCCAAGGGAAAACUGGCCUGUAUACUAGAGAAGCGUGUAGCACCACCUGUCACGAUGUCCUUCUGCGCUGAUGUCGACCAUUUUACUCAAUCCGCCAAGGUCGGCCUUGGUAUUAGCAUCGAAGCCGGUGGCGAGGAACUGCAGGAGCAACAAGAAGCUCUUGGUGCUCAGGCGUCUCCUAACAUCCCCUUUUAA